UGCAACUGCAACAGCAGCAACAACGGCCAUAACAACUCCACCAACAACGACAUCAACAACAAUAUGGAGAAGCUGCUGCAAUCGACGCUGUUUGUCAUCCUGAUAAUGGCCACAAAAUGCGGCAGUGGCUCGACCCAGAACCAGCAUCACGAGAGCAAUUCCCAGCUGGAUCCCGAUCCGGAGUUCAUAGGGUUCAUCAACAACGUCACAUAUCCGGCUGGACGCGAGGCCAUCCUGGCCUGCUCGGUGCGCAAUCUGGGCAAGAAUAAGGUGGGUUGGCUGAGGGCCUCCGAUCAGACCGUUUUGGCUCUACAAGGUCGUGUGGUCACCCACAAUGCGCGAAUCAGCGUCAUGCACCAGGAUAUGCACACAUGGAAACUGAAAAUCAGUAAACUGCGGGAAAGUGACCGCGGUUGCUAUAUGUGCCAGAUAAACACGAGUCCCAUGAAGAAGCAAGUGGGCUGCAUCGAUGUGCAGGUACCACCGGAUAUCAUCAACGAAGAGUCCUCCGCCGAUCUGGCCGUCCAGGAGGGCGAGGAUGCCACGCUCACCUGCAAGGCCACGGGGAAUCCCCAGCCCAGAGUCAUUUGGCGCAGGGAAGACGGCGAAAUGAUUCUCAUUCGCAAGCCAGGCAGCAGGGAGCUCAUGAAAGUGGAAUCCUAUAAUGGAUCCUCGCUCAGGCUGCUCCGCCUGGAGAGGCGUCAGAUGGGCGCCUACUUGUGCAUAGCAUCCAACGAUGUUCCACCUGCUGUCAGCAAACGAGUCUCGCUGAGUGUGCAAUUUGCCCCCAUGGUGAGGGCCCCCAGCCAGCUGCUGGGCACGCCCCUGGGCUCGGAUGUGCAGCUGGAAUGCCAGGUGGAGGCCUCGCCGUCGCCCGUCUCCUACUGGCUGAAGGGGGCGCGGACGUCCAACGGAUUCGCCAGCGUCUCCACGGCCAGCCUGGAGUCCGGCUCGCCGGGACCCGAAAUGCUGCUCGACGGGCCCAAGUACGGGAUAACGGAGCGGCGCGAUGGCUAUCGGGGCGUCAUGCUGCUGGUGGUGCGUUCCUUCUCGCCCUCCGAUGUGGGCACCUAUCACUGCGUCAGCACAAACUCGCUGGGCCGUGCCGAGGGCACAUUGCGGUUAUACGAAAUCAAGCUUCAUCCGGGCGCCUCGGCCAGCAACGAUGAUCAUCUGAAUUACAUCGGAGGUCUCGAGGAGGCUGCUCGGAAUGCGGCCAGGAGCAACCAGACGACGUGGCAGCCCCUGCUCGCCAUGCUGAUGCUGCUGUGGAUGAGGCUGAAUCUGGGGGCCGGGGGAGCGUGAUAUCAAAACUGAGAGAAGAAGAGCCG